GGGACGGGGGGCUGCGGUAGGGAAGUACAAACUCGCUCCUCACCUGGAGUCGCUCCGUGCCUCCAGCCCAGGAGGGCCGAGGCCGAGGCUGCGGGAGUGGGCCCCAAGACCGAGCUUCCUGGAGGCACGAGCAGCGGAGGGGCGUGAGGGCCUGGGAUCCAGACGGUAAACUUCGGCACUGGGCGUGUCCCCAAGGCUGGCCCCGGAGCAUCCGGAGUCCCCUUUGCCAGUGAGUCCUGAGUCCCAUUUUUAGGGCAGGACACGCAGGAGACCAGGGAAAACACCAAGUGACGUGGGUCAGGUUCUUCCAACAGCCCUUUGAAAAAUAAGUAGAGCUUAAAUGUCCACUAAAAAGCAGUCCUAUUUUUCCUGGGAAUGUGGCGUUAAGGCCAGUCAUGCCAGUGGUGUAGCAAGUCUUGGUGAGGUCAGAAAGAUGCUGAACCUCUAGGAGAGAUGGCAUCUCUUUCUCUCUUGUCUGCUAGUCACUUGCUUCUUAAUUGCAUAUACUUUUUUGGUCUUAAAUAAUUAAGCUAAAACUUUGUAUUACUCCUGCCGUUUAUCAUCAAAAUGUGAAUAAUGGUGGAACCAGUUUAGCUUGUCUUGUUAUUUGAAGGAGGGGAGCUGGGAGAUAAUAAUGACCCCUCACACCUGUGCGAGGAGGAGUUUGCUAAGGGUAGUUCUGCCCAGUUACUGUGAUCCCUGCCACAGUAACCCUGCAGGGGAUUGUUCCCCAUUUCACAGCAGGAGUGUGAGGCUCAGAGGGGUUCAGGUGACUGGCAAAGCAGAAACUAGACUAGGUCUCCAGUGCCUUUUCUGUUGGCAUUUACUGUUAUUCCACUGCACUGUCCCAGGGGACCCAUUCACACUGGGACUGCUGCUGCUUCAGUGGCCUGGGACGUGCUGGACUGUCCCAUAGAGAGCUCCCUGGGGCAGCUCAGGGGGAGCUUGCUGAGCUAGACCACACCUGGGCUCCAGGUGGCCCACAAUGAAAUGAGAGUACCAGGAAGGGAGCGGAGUGGCGGCAGGGGGGAGGAUGUUUGUGGUCUCCUGCUAUAUGUCCGCAUUCAAGUUCUGGGUAGGAGUCAGAGCGUGAGCUGUCCAUCGGUGAGGGAGGUACAGUGCCCUCUGCCACCCCCUGGCCGUGGGAGUAUAUUCUUAGCUGACUGCCUAAGGGCCUGGGAGAGACCUUACAACCACUCAGCCUUUCUCCAGCUUGUACAUUGCUCAGGAACGGGCAGGUAUCAGAACAAGAACCUCUACUUGCCCUUCAGUCCUCUCGUUUUAAGCCUUCACAGGACCAAGGAUGCUAUGCACCCCCCCAUGAGUUGGUCAUCACAUCUGUCAGCUGCAGCCAUUUCUGAAUCUCUGGCUAUCCAGGAGCUCCACUGAGCUCCUUGCCAAGAUGAAGUGCGUCUUGGUGGCCACUGAGGGUGCAGAGGUCCUCUUCUACUGGACAGAUGAGGAGUUUGAAGAGAGUCUCCGGCUGAAGUUUGGGCAGCCAGAGAAUGAGGAAGAAGAGCUCCCUGCCCUGGAGGACAGGCUCAGCACCCUCCUUGCCCCCGUCAUCAUCUCCUCCAUGACAAUGUUGGAGAAGCUCUCAGACGCAUACACCUGCUUCUCAACGGAAAAUGGCAACUACCUGUAUGUCCUUCACCUGUUUGGAGAAUGUCUGUUCAUCGCCAUCAACGGAGACCACACAGAGAGCGAGGGGGAUCUGCGGCGGAAGCUGUACGUGCUCAAGUACCUGGUGGAGGUGCACUUUGGCCUGAUUACUGUGGACGGCCAGCUCAUCCGAAAGGAGCUGCGGCCCCCAGACCUAGAGCGGCGCAGCCAGGUGUGGGAGCACUUCCAGAGUCUGCUGUCGACCUACAGCCGCCUGCGGGAGCAGGAACAGUGCUUCGCUGUGGAGGCUGUGGAGCGGCUGAUCCACCCCCGGCUCUGUGAGCUGUGCAUAGAAGCGCUGGAGCGGCAUGUCAUCCAGGCUGUCAACUCCAGCCCCGAGCGGGCCGGCGAGGAGGCCCUGCACGCCUUCCUGCUUGUGCACUCCAAGCUGCUGGCCCUCUACUCCAGCCACAGCGCGAGCUCGCUGCGCCCCGCAGACCUGCUGGCCCUCAUCCUCCUGGUGCAGGACCUCUACCCCAGCGAGAGCACUGUGGGGGCCGAUGACGCUCAGCCUUCCCCACAAAGGCCCUGGAGCAGCCAGAACAUUCCCGUGCAGCAGCCCUGGGGCCCUGGCUCCGUCCGCCAGGCCAGGAGGAGUUCUACAGAGACGGAGACAGACAGCUUCUGCUUCCCUGAGGAGUACUUUACACCGGCUCCUUCCCCCAGCGAGCAGAGCUCAGGUAGCAUUGUCUGGCUGGAUGAGGGCACCCCACCCACUGAUACCUACCAGAUCCAGGUAGCCGAAGACACUCUGCAGAUGCUAGUUCCUCACUCCCCAACAGCGUCCAGCCCCAGAAGGAUCUUCCUGGACGCCAGCAUAAAAGAGAGCUACUGCCCCUUGGUGCCCCACACCUUUUACUGCCUGCCCCUGUGGCCGGGCAUCAACAUGGUGCUCCUGACCAAGAGCCCCAGUGCCCCCCUGGCCCUGGUCCUCUACCAGCUGCUGGAUGGGUUUUCCCUGUUGGAGAAAAAGCUGAAGGAGGGGCAUGAGGCCGGAGGUACCCUGCGGUCCCACCCCCUCGUGGCAGACCUGCGCCAGAGGAUGGACAAGUUUGUCAAGAAUCGAGGGGGCCAGGAGAUUCAGAGCACCUGGCUGGAGUUGAAGACCAAGGCCUUCUCCAGAAGUGAGCCAGGCUCGUCCUGGGAGCUGCUCCAAGCAUGCGGGAAGGUGAAGCAGCAGCUCUGCGCCAUCUACCGCCUCAGCCUCUUGAGCACAGCACCAAGCCGGGGCGGCCCCCACCUGCCCCAGCACCUCCAGGACCAAGCCCGAAAGCUCAUGCAGUAAGUAUGGUGUGGCCGUCUGACCACCUGAGGCAGCAUUGGGGACAUGGCUCACAGUGGCCUGUGCUUCCCCUGCAGAGAAAAGCUGGCAGACUGGAAGGACUUUUUGUUAGUGAAGA